AUGGAGGCCUCAAAUGGAGGAUAUGCUAAUGGAAGCGGCGCGGUUGUUUGGGGUCCGGGCGAGCCCUUUGUGAUCCAAGAGGUGCAAGUCGACCCGCCUAAAGCGAUGGAGGUCCGAGUCAGGAUCCUCUUCACCUCCAUCUGUCACACUGAUCUCAGUGCUUGGCUCGGUCAGUGUGAAGCCCAGCGCGCAUAUCCUCGGAUUCUAGGCCACGAGGCCAGCGGAAUAGUGGAGAGCGUGGGUGAAGGAGUAGAGGAUCUUAAAGAGGGAGACAGCGUGGUGCCGAUAUUCAACGGGGAGUGCCAAAACUGUGCUUACUGCAGGUCAGGGAAAACAAACUUGUGCGGAGAAUUCAGGGUGAACCCUUUCUCGAGCGUUAUGAAGCGCGACGGCAAGACGAGGUUUUUCGCGACGGAUGGUAACGGAGAGCGCAGACCAAUACAUCAUUUCCUCAACACUUCGACGUUUACCGAGUAUACGGUGCUCGACUCGGCAUGUUGUGUGAAGAUUGACAGCAGAGCUCCGCUGAAUAGGAUGUGCUUGCUCAGCUGUGGGGUCUCUACAGGAGUCGGAGCUGCAUGGAACACCGCAAACGUGCAGAAAGGCUCCACAGUUGCAAUCUUCGGUCUUGGUUCUAUUGGUCUCGCGGUUGCGGAAGGAGCGAGGCUGCGAGGAGCUUCCAAAAUUAUUGGAGUAGACAUCAAUCCGCAGAAAUUUGUCAAAGGGAAGGACAUGGGAGUCACUGAUUUUGUUAACCCCAAGGAUUGUGAUAAGCCCGUCCACAAGGUAAUAAGCGAAAUGACGAAAGGAGGAGUAGACUUCAGCUUUGAGUGUGCGGGGAACUUGGACGUUCUACGUGAAGCUUUUUCCUCAACCUCUUCUACAUGUGCAAUUGGAUGGGGCUUAACAGUGAUCCUCGGCAUCCAUCCAAGCCCAAAACUACUCCCUCUGCACCCGAUGGAGCUCUUCGACGGCCGAAGGAUCGUGGGCUGCGUCUUUGGAGAUUUCAAAGGGAAGUCUCAGCUACCCGGCUUUGUAGACAAAUGCAUGAGCGGGGAGAUCAAUAUAAAUUUUGAUGGAUUCAUAACCCACGAGCUUCCCUUUGCUGAGAUCAGCCAAGCUUUCGAACUUCUGCAACAGGGCAAAUCACUGCGUUGUCUGCUUCGUAUUUAAACACUAUCUUACUGCUGGAGGGAUAAGCAUGCAAGCUCACCAAUCAAUUAUUCUCUAGCAAAUAUAUUAAUCAGAUAGUAGCAAUGAAAUAAUAUAUGUUUUUAGGCUCCACAUUUGCAUUUUCUAUACAUAAUGGACACGCUAUUCACGUCGUGUGCUGUACAUAAUUGUUGUCAGUGUUAAUGGGUAUGUAAUGUGCAUGAUUAUAAUAGUAGCACACUAUGGACUCUAUCAAUAUACGUACAAACUGAGGAUGAA